ACAUCAAACUAGCCUUCUUAUUUCCAGGCCGUCCAUGUAAACACCUAUAACUGGUUUCCGACCGACCUCGACAUCUCCCGCCACUUGCUCGUUAAGCAAUGGCUCCCAAAAUUGGACCGAAGCAGAGGCUAGCCGCGACAAUAGCCAUAUCCUCUGCCUUUUUUGUAUCAGAACUUGCUGUUGCUUUCAAGACAGGAAGCUUGGCUCUAACGGCGGACGCAUUUCACUAUUUGAACGACCUGAUCAGUUUCGCUGUCACCUUAACCGCCAUUAUUAAGACCGAAGGGACCGGCUCACCUGUAGGGUUUUCCUUUGGAUGGCAGCGCGCCCGCCUUCUCGGCGCCUUCUUCAAUGGCGUCUUCUUACUUGCCCUCGGAACGAGCAUCUUCCUCCAGUCCAUUGAGCGGUUCAUCACCGUCGAAAGAGUGGAAGACCCAAAAUUGAUGCUGAUUAUGGGAUGUGUGGGAUUCACGCUCAACGUUAUCACAAUCACAUUCCUGCAUGAGCCACAUGACCAUAUGAGCCACGGUCAUUCUCUAGGGCAUUCGCAUGGACAUGGCCAUGAAGUACCUCUUGACUUCGACACAUGUUGCCGGGCGGGUGGAGAUACAGAGUCUCCUUUCCACCCUCAUUUCCAACAUCGGCAUUCCUCCUUUCCUGAUAUCCAGCAGCCUCAAUGUCGCGACCUGGGCAUGCUCGGCGCUCUCAUUCACGUCAUGGGCGAUGCGAUCAACAAUCUUGGAGUCAUCAUGGCCGCACUCCUGAUCUGGCUAGUCAAGUCCGAUGCUCGCUUCUAUGCCGAUCCCGGUGUUAGUGUUGGGAUUGCUAUCAUGAUCAUCCUCUCGUCUGUGCCCCUGAUCAAGAACAGCGGCGAGAUUCUUCUCGAAAGCGCUCCGAAGGGAGUAAGAACCGAGGAUAUCAAGCACGACAUUGAGAAGGUUCCAGGAGUCGAUUCGAUCCACGAGCUGCACGUCUGGAGACUCGACCAGCACAAGGCCAUCGCCUCGGUCCACGUCGUCCUCACCGAAGAUAGUAUCGUGAAUUUUAUGGACAAAGCGAGAACCAUCGGUGAGUGUCUUCACGCCUACGGGAUCCAUUCGGCGACUAUUCAACCCGAGUUGCCUCCCGGAUACGAAGAAUACGAGCUUGUGCCGACCUGCAAGGCACCCCCGACCAUAACCAUAGCCUUGCCGGACGGAGACGGCCUUGUGGACGAAAGUGAGUCGACGAUGACAACACCUGGCGGUGGCGCUACUAGCGCGUCUUCGUCAAUCACCACCACUAGUGUCUCACUGGCAAAGAGAAGACGGGCCAGCACGGCGACGACUUGCCAUCUGGUGUGUGGAAGGGGAUCCUGUGCUGGGCUCGCGUGUUGUCAGCCUGUUGCCCCUGAUGAGCAGUGAGCUUU